AUGGGAUUCUCUAUUCCAUCGCGUGCCCCGGUGGCUUCAGCGCUCCUGCUUUACCUCUUCUUGCCUUUACUACCGGGGGCACAUGGAGGAUCCCGUAGGCUAUAUAUUGUAUACCUAGGCGAUGUGAAACAUGGACACCCCAACGAUGUCAUCGCUUCGCACCAUGAUAUACUCAGCAAUGCUCUUGGAAGUAUGGACGAUUCUUUGGCUUCCAUGGUUUACAACUACAAGCAUGGCUUCUCAGGCUUCGCAGCGAUGCUCACGGAAGACCAUGCUCAUCAGCUUGCAGGCUCCCGAUGCUCAUGCCGUGGCCGGCCACCGGGCCGCAGGGAGGUGACGUUCUCGGUGUGCUUGUUGAGGGUGCCGGUGCCGAUGGAGACGCACUCGUCGCAGUUGGAGACGGCGGUGUUGGUGAUGGACGUCCUGGGCGUUCUCGACGUGGAUGCCGUCGGUGUUGGGGCUCAGCGCCGGGGAGCUAAUGGACAGGCCGCUGACGAGCACGCGGCGGCAGCUGUCAAACUGGACGGGGCUGUUCUGCACCUUGAGGCCUUGCACCGUCACGUUGGUCAUGAAAAACCUCAGCGCCUGAGGCCUGAUGAUGGAUAUGACAGUCGAUCGGCAAAGAAUUAA